AUGGCAUCCUCUUCCUCUUCUUCGUCGUCAUCUUCUGCAGCAGCACCAAAAUUAAUCAUUCCUGAAGAUAAAUCAGCCAGUGAUUCAACUAAUUCUCGUCCUUCUCCAGCUGCUGACUCGGCACCUCCGAUUACUGUUAUACCUCCUUCAAAUAGAACAGCCACAAAAAAACUAACAAAAAUCCUUUCAACUCAAUCAAGUUUUGAUCGUCAUCAUCCUCCACAUCCAUGUGCCAAACGAUUCUCAAUCGAUGCCGAUCCAUCAUCAAUCAUUUUGAAUACACCAGUUACGGAUCUUUCCAACAAUCCAUCACAACAACCUUCGUCACCGGAUGUUGAAGAAAUCACAUCAUCAAAUCAUACUUCAUCAACAACUAAUAUUGGAAAAGAAUCAUCGCCUGCUCGAUCACCGUCAUUAAAACAGAGUGAUAGUUUUUUGGAAAUACCCUAUGAAAAAGCUGAAAUAGUGGAUUUAAUUAAACUGGCUGAUGAUCCAAAUGCAGCUGCACAUGUUACACACGGUGGACAAGAAGUAUUACUCGAACAUGGAGCUGUUCCCCAGUGA